AUGUUACAAUACGUGCUUCUGGUAACUUUAUUCCUACAAUCAACUUUAGCUACAGAUAUAAACUUUGUAGGAAAUAGGGUGAUACCAAAUAAUAUAAAUAAUUUGUUCAGCCCUUUUAAAAAAUUGGCUAUUAAGGCAAAAAGAGAUGACACAGGCAAUACUACGCUACCAGAGUAUUCGGUAACUGUUACAUCUACAACAGAGCUAUCAUCAUUGACUGAUUCAACCGAGAUUGAUAUUACAGACUUUGAUACCAGUGCCACCAAAGACAUAAUAACUUCAAAUAUUGUUACAACUACAUCUGAUGUAAUAACCAGUCAGUAUGAAUCAACAUUUGGUUCAGAAACAACAUCGGUAGAACCAAUAAAUAGUGCUAACUCAGAGAUCGAUACUAUAUCAGACGCUCAAAGUGUUAACACUGACGCCACCUCAACUACAGAUACACCAGUUGUCAACCCUGACACAACUUCUACAACUGAUACCCCAGUUGUCAACACUGACACUACCUCAACUACUGAUACCCCAGUUGUCAACACUGACACUACCUCAACUACUGAUACCCCAGUUGUCGACACUGACACUACCUCAACUACCGAUACCCCAGUUGACAACACUGACACUACCUCAACCACCGAUACCCCAAUUGUCGACACUGAUACCACUUCUACAACAGAUACCCCAGUUGUCAACACUGAUAUUUCAACAUCUGAGCCAAUUUAUACAAUUAAUACUGACACUACCUCAACUACUGAUACCCCAGUUGUCAAUACUGACACUACAACUGACACCCCAACUGCUAACACUGACACUACCUCUACAACUGAUACCCCAGUUGUCAAUCCUGACACUACUUCUACAACAGACACCCCAGUUGUCAACACUGACACUACCUCAACCACCGAUACCCCAGUUGUCGACACUGAUACCACUUCUACAACAGAUACCCCAGUUGUCAACACUGAUAUUUCAACAUCUGAGCCAAUUUAUACAAUUAAUACUGACACUACCUCAACUACUGAUACCCCAGUUGUCAAUACUGACACUACAACUGACACCCCAACUGCUAACACUGACACUACCUCUACAACAGACACCCCUACUGUCAACACUGACACCACCUCAACUACUGAUAUCCCUCCUGUCGAUACUGCUACUUCUUCUACAACAGACACGCCAAUUUACACUAUCAAUACUGAUACUACUUCAUCCACACCUGUUGUUCCAGAGACAACUUCAACUACAGAUACUCCAGUUCUUAAUACUGAUACCACUUCGACUACCACACCAAAUGCCAACGUUGAUAACACUUCAACAACUGGAGUCUCUUUUGUCCCAGUUAGUUCUGCCAAUGCUGCUGAUAGUACUUCAACAACCAACCAAGAGAUCCAAUCGACAACUUCAACCCCAAUUACAAACAUUGAUACCAAUGUUCCAACUACUAGUACUGCUGGUGUUCCAACAACCACUGAAGUUCCUGCCUCUAAAACGGUUUCUAACGAAUCAGCUACAAAGGAACCAGAAUAUACCAUAGUUCCAAGUUCCACUUCUAAAGUUCCAACUUCAGAAGUGGCUGUUACUACUUCUGCCAAUACUGUCGCUACAGGUUUAGCAGCUGAUUCUAGUAUUGUCAAUACCAAACAUUCUACUACAUCUCAAGUGCCAUUUACUAUUGUAACUGAUAGUACGUCAUCAGUAGGUUUACCUUCUUCAAUUCCAAUUGUUCAAGAUGAAACAACCAACACUACACCAACUAUGAUAAGAAGUAAAACUACUAUUUCUCCAACCAGUAUUGGUAACAUUGUAACUGGUACUUUAUCAACUGCACUUGCGAACCCAACUGAUCAAACGACUGCUUUCACAGCAGCAACUUCAACUGCAAGUACUAGUACAAAAAAGACAGCAAAGACAACCAAUACUUCAAAUUGGUGGGUUCCAACAAGUUUGAUUACUGAAUCUGAUGUAACUGAUUCUGCUGUCACAACAAGAACCUUAUCUGCUACUAAGUCUGUUCCAUUAGCCAUUGCUGCAUCGACACAAACUGCUACUCCAGAAGGUUGUUCUCUAGUUACCAUUGGUUUUAAAGAAGCUUUGAACUAUCAAUUUGUGCUAUCUAGUUCUGUUACAGUUGCACAAAUUUUUGCCUUCUUACCUGGUGGUUUAAUCGCACCAUUUGAAGAACAAUUGGCUAAUGUCACAGUUUACAGAUUAUCACCAUUGAACUAUGGUAAUUUCAAUUAUACAUUAACUGUUGCUGAAGUUUAUUUCCCAACUUCAAAAAUCGAUGAAUUAGCUGCAUUUGUUGCAGAUUCAGAAAGUGCAUUAUAUGUUAAUGCUAGUGGUACUGAAGAAGAGCUAGUCUCUUUGAUUGAUCCAAGAAUCCCAAUUACCGGUUUAUUGAAUAGUUUAUCAUCUUCCUCAUCAUCAUCUUCUUCUUCAUCUUCCAAUGAUGAAUCCUCUUCCGAUGGAAACUCUUCUUCUAACUCUAACAACUAUGGUACUUUGGAUUCCUAUAGCAAGAAUGUUGGCAACACUACUACUUCUAAGGGUAAAGCCAAAUUAACAAUAUUUAUUAUUGGUAUAGUUGCUGCUGGUUCUUUGUAUAUUGCAGUGAUGAUAUUACUAGUAAGAUUUUUCAUUAUUAGACAUCGUAGAAAGGCUGAUAUUUUAAAUGAUUCUGAUAGUUCUAGUAUUAGUUCAAGUGAGAAUGGUCAUGUUAAUUACAAAGAUUUAGAAAAACGUAUGUCAAAUUCUGAUCAUACUAUCUCUCCAUCUGUUAAAAUUGACGAUUGGGUUGAUCACCAUGAAGUAUAUUAUAGUAAUGAGACAACUCCAAAGAAAUCAGAUUUGAGUCAAGCUCCUAAUAAACCCAUAAUUUCAAAGCCUCUUGCAACAAAAAAUUCCUUAGGUUGGAAUGCAGUAUAA